UCUUCCAUCUCCGAUGCCGCACUUCCCCGGCCCCUAUGUAAGCUUUGCAAUCCCUCCCCACAAUCCCUCCCCACUCCAACGUUGUGUUCGAUUACUCCUUUCAAUUGUUUCUGCUCCCAAUUAGCUUGUCGGUCGUCUACUUGCUUCGUUUCGUCCGGGGCUUGUGAACCAUGCAGGGUGUUUAAUUCGAUAUGCUGUUGGUGAUCUGGAUCGUGUUUUUAGGGAUGGUUUCUUGGUAUCUUUGUGAUCUUUUGGUGACACUACCUUCAAUUUCGUUCACCUAGUUCUUAAUCAGUUAUGCCUGCCAGAACAGCCGGCCCUAUCUCCCAAGAUUGGGCCCCUGUCGUUGUACACAAGCGACCCGUGAAAGCUGCUGAUGCUCGUGAUCCGAAAGCUAUUGCUGCUGCAAUUCGAGCUGGUGCGGAAGUUCAAACAGUCAGGAAGUUCGACUCUGGGACAAACAAGAAGACCGGUCCUUCAUUAAAUGCUCGAAAGCUUGACGAGGAACAUGAGCCCGCGCCACUGGAACGUGUUUCAUCUGAGAUAAAGCAUUCUAUCCAGAAAGCCCGUUUGGACAAGAAACUCACCCAAGCUCAGCUGGCGCAACUGAUCAACGAGCGUCCACAAGUUGUGCAAGAGUAUGAGUCCGGGAAAGCAAUACCUUCGCAGCAAGUGCUCGCCAAGUUGGAGCGCGCCCUGGGUGUGAAGUUGAGAGGAAAGAAGUAAUCAUUCUCGGAAGUUUUAGAAUUCAUAGCAAGGCCUCCUCAUUUGAAAAAUACACAGAUUGCUGCGGUCGAUUAGUAAAUGCUGAAUCAUUUACGAAGUAUGGCUCAGCAUUGGCGAUAGCUCUUGGUUUACCAGGUCGAUAGUCGCCAGGUUGUGGCAGUUGACGUACCAGUGUGAAAUUAAUGAAUGACGUGUAUAUAAAGAGGUACAGACAUUGGUAUGAUUCGAAAAAACUAUGUUCUACCGGUUUUUCUUCGAGUGUGACAGUCGAUUGACACCCUAUAUUCCACGAAUUAUAGAACGUGGGCAAUCAUGCUCCUAAAACUUUUAGCACGUGUGCGCUUUUGCCUUGCUUA